AUGAAGUUUUAUAUAUUUUGUAUAUUGGCAAUAAUUAUUUUUGCACAACAAGAUAUAUUUGGUCAAGCCGAUGACACAACUACGUUGGCACCGGCAACUGAAUCUCCAACCACUGAAGCUCCUACAACUGAAGCUCCAACCACUGAAGCUCCAACAACUGAAGCUCCAACAACUGAAACUCCAACAACAGUAGCUUCAACAACUACAAAAAUUCCAAUUAAAAGUCCAAGUGACAAACCUGGUGGUGUUACUGGGCGUCCCGGUAGAGGUGGACGUACUUCAACAACUGAACCUCCAACAACUGAAGCUCCAACAACUGUAGCUGCCACAACUGAAGCUUCAACAACUGAAGUUCCAACAACUGAACCUCCAACAACUGAAGCAUCAACAAGUGUAGCUCCAACAACUGAAGGUCCAACAACUGAACCUUCAACAACUGAACCUCCAACAACUGAAGGUCCAACCACUGAAGCUUCAACAACAGUAGCUUCAACAACUACAAAAAUUCCAAUUAAAAGUCCAAAUGAUAAACCUGGUGGUGUUACUGGGCGUCCCGGUAGAGGUGGACGUACUUCAACAACUGAAGCUCCAACAACUGAAGCUCCAACAACUGAAACUCCAACAACUGUAGUUCCAACAACUGAAGCUUCAACAACUGAAGCUCCAACAACUGUAGUUCCAACAACUGAAGCUUCAACAAAUGAACCUCCAACAACUGAACCUCCAACAACUGUAGCUCCAACAACUGAAGGUCCAACCACUGAAGCUUCAACAACUACAAAAAUUCCAAUUAAAAGUCCAAAUGAUAAACCUGGUGGUGUUACUGGGCGUCCCGGUAGAGGUGGACGUACUUCAACGACUGAAGCUCCAACAACUGAAGCUACAACAACUGUAGCUUCCACAACUGAAGCUUCAACAACUGAAGCUCCAACAACUGUAGCUCCAACGAAUGUUGCUUUUUAAGAAAUCUGUUUUAUAGAUCUUCUUGAAUUAAAUUCUUGAACUCUUGAG